AUGGCGUGGGUCAUGUGCAGCCUGCUGGCACUGCAAUAUGCAGCACAGCCCUUCCUGACAAGGAGCUUUGCCGGCGAUCUUAGCACAGAUACCUUGGUGGUGGCGGGGGAGAUGUUGAAGAUCUGCCUCUGCCUGGUGCUCUUGGGCCCCAGCAACCUUUGCGGGGCUUUCAGGCGAUGGACGCCCUGGAUGGGUCUGCGAGAUGCGGCCACGCCGGCGGUUGCAUAUGCAGCUGGACAAGGGCCGAUGUUUGUAGCGAUCCAAAACCCGCGGUCCGUGUAUAACGGAUGCCCGGGGCAAGCUGCAGCAUGUGAUUGCCACCUGUGGUUUCAACACUACCACCAGAUUGUCCCACCUUGGUAG